GCGUGCGCAUGCUCCCGAGGGGUCCGGCCGAGCCCCGGGCCGGCAGCCCCGCGUGCCUGCGGCCGCAGGGCACGGACAGGUGAAGGCCACCGUCCCGGUGGGGUGGACCUACCGGAACAGGGAUGUCGGGGCUCCGUCGGAUGGUGUCCCGGAGCCUCCCGGCGCGCAGCUCCAUUCCCGGAACAGAUGAUCUUUGCACAGCGGCAGUGCGCCGCGCCUGUGCAGACAGAUAGUCGCGGCGCCCGCCCAGCCCUGCGGGGGUGGGGGUCGCCGGAGGACCUGAUGAACAUGCAGCACUGCAAUCUCUUGUGCCUGCCCGAGAACUACCAGAUGAAGUACUACUUCUACCACGGCCUCUCCUGGCCCCAGCUCUCUUACAUCGCAGAGGAUGAGAACGGGAAGAUUGUGGGGUACGUCCUCGCCAAAAUGGAGGAGGACCCGGAUGAUGUGCCCCAUGGACAUAUCACCUCACUGGCUGUGAAGCGUUCCCACCGGCGCCUCGGCCUGGCACAGAAGCUGAUGGACCAGGCCUCCCGAGCCAUGAUAGAGAACUUCAAUGCCAAAUAUGUCUCCCUGCAUGUCAGGAAGAGUAACCGGGCCGCCCUGCACCUCUAUUCCAACACCCUCAACUUUCAGAUCAGCGAAGUGGAACCCAAAUACUACGCAGAUGGGGAAGAUGCAUACGCGAUGAAGCGGGACCUCACCCAGAUGGCUGACGAGCUGAGGCGACACCUGGAGCUGAAGGAGAAGGGCAGGCACGUGGUGCUGGGCUCCAUCGAGAACAAGGUGGAGAGCAGGGGCAACUCGCUUCCAAGCUCGGGAGAGGCCUGUCGUGAGGACAAGGGCCUGGCUGCUGAGGAUAGUGGUGGUGACAGCAAGGAUCUGAGCGAGGUCAGCGAGACCACAGAGAGCACCGAUGUCAAGGACAGCUCAGAGGCCUCCGACUCUGCCUCCUAGAGCCUGCACUUGCUCCUCUCCCCACCCCGACCUGCCCGUCCUGUCCUCGCCCCUCAAGGUUUCACAAUAAACUUCACCCAGUGGC